AUGAGCUUUCGAUUUUGGGGCCGCUUCAUUUUCUUUUUCUGCGUCUUAUUGGGUGCCAUUGAUUCGAGAGGUGGUCGUCGAGGAGGCAAAGGAAAAGGAAAAAGUAACCUGCAAUUCGCUCAAGUUGCCGAGUUUUCGUUGGUUCAGACGGUUCUUUCCGAUAAUAGAAGCGCUCAGAUCAUAACUGGCUCACAUUUCAGUCAGACCUAUCGAUUGGGAUAUAAACUAUUGAUUAUUUGCAAGGCUCGAGGAGAUCCCAGGCCGACUAUAAAAUGGUACAAAGAAGGAGCAGAGAUACAACCAAAGGCGAGCAUUCACUACUAUGAAAAGCCAAUCGAAAAUGACACAAUUUGGAGUAAACUAGAAGUUGACCCGGCUACGAUGGGUGACCAGGGAGUCUACGCUUGCGUUGCCAACAACCCGCAUGGAGUGAUGGCUAAGAAUUUUAAAGCAGAAUACACUUACUGA